AUGUUGAAAUGCCUCUACUUUUUUAACAGGAAUAUGUUCCCAGAAAAUCUUGUCCAGGCCUGUUUUCAACAAUAUAAAACCAAACGUGAAAAAAUUGAAGCUACAACUGGUGUGGAUAAAAAUGGCUCCACAUUUACAGAAGAACCUGUUACAACUGCUACGACAGCAGAGGCUUCACAGAACAAAACCCAAGAAUAUAAAAUCGUGGGCAUAUAUUCUGACGGCAUCAAUGUGCUGGGGUUGAUCGUCUUUUGUCUUGUUUUUGGAAUGGUUAUUGGGAAAAUGGGAGAGAAAGGACAAGUGCUGGUGGAUUUUUUCAAUGCACUGAAUGAAGCUACAAUGAGAAUAGUUCAGAUAAUUAUGUGGAAUAUGUUCCCAGAAAAUCUUGUCCAGGCCUGUUUUCAACAAUAUAAAACCAAACGUGAAAAAAUUGAAGCUACAACUGGUGUGGAUAAAAAUGGCUCCACAUUUACAGAAGAACCUGUUACAACUGCUACGACAGCAGAGGCUUCACAGAACAAAACCCAAGAAUAUAAAAUCGUGGGCAUAUAUUCUGACGGCAUCAAUGUGCUGGGGUUGAUCGUCUUUUGUCUUGUUUUUGGAAUGGUUAUUGGGAAAAUGGGAGAGAAAGGACAAGUGCUGGUGGAUUUUUUCAAUGCACUGAAUGAAGCUACAAUGAGAAUAGUUCAGAUAAUUAUGUGGAUGUUUUACAGAGACUGUCAGCUAUGGCUGAUCCCUGCUUUGGACGCUGGAGCUUCUCAUUGUCCCAAAUUGUUUGAUGUCUUGGUUCAGCACAUGCCUGAAGGACCAAAAGAAAUGCCAAAGAAAUUCACUGGACCUCAUUCACUAUCUAAAGGUUGUGACGAAAACAUCUCUGACUGCCAGAACCUCUACAGUGACUAUAUAACGGGAUUCUUUGGGAUUACAACCUUUUUAUCAUCAGAGAAGUGUUUAUCUGCUGAGGGAAGUAGCCAUCAACGUUCCAAAGGGCUGCUGAGACUGCCCCUGCCCAAAGCAAAGGUUCCAGGGGGCAAAGGCAGUGCUUCCACCCCACCAGCCCUGCCCUCCUGCGCAAACUGCAGGCUCUACACCUUUGAGAGGACACAAGACAGACACGUCUGCCAGGCGUCUCAAAGCAAAGUUAAUGUUAUUGCCAUCAUCUCCGUGCAGUCUCGGCACAUAGGCCGUGUUAAGACUUCCACUGCCAUGGGAACCAGUACCAACGCACAAACAGGAAACAAAUGA